AUGUUCACUCCCACCCUCCGCCGUGCCGCGGCCAAGGCCACCACCUCUGCCUUCGCGCCCAAGUACUCCAUUCCCCCCAAGGUUGCGGGCUUCACUCUCCCCUCUGCGGUCCAGGCUGGUUCUCUCGCCGCCUCUUUCGGCGUCUUCGCCGGUACCGCUGCCCUCUUCAUGUUCGGCGAGGUCCCCCGUGUGCGUCGCGAUAUCCUCCAGCAGAUCCCUGGCCUGGACACCUACUACGACCGUCCCAUUGCCCCUGAGGACAACCCCUUCUAA